CCUUGAAACAAUGACUCAAGAUGAAGAUGAGAGCGUACGGGCAUUUGGGAUGCGUUUCCAAAAGAUCUCCGACGUGCUGAUGAAGAAGGGCAAGAUCUCAGAGGUCGAGCGCUGUACUAUCUUCAUCGGACACUUGUCCAAAGGUAGGCAAAAGAGUAUACUUAGAGAUCUUCCGCGCGACAGGCUUGAUUUCCCAGAAGUCCUAAAGCUCGCGAUAAAGGCAGAGGCAGACGAUUACAAGGACUUGGUGUGGAGAGGGAUGAGGAGACGUGACUUCUCUCUCUACAAGGAGUAUGCCACUGAUAGAUGUCCUGAUUUCAAGGAUUAUCCCUGGUCGGAGAAGAAUGAGGCCGUGGCUGAGGAAGUGAAGGAGAUACGGACAUGGGGAAGAGAGAGAGACGAUGAGCCAUGGCGACGUAGGGACGAUGAGAUAGACCGAGACCGCAGAGAUCGCGAGCCGUUUGUGCGAGCAAGGAGGCUGGAUGAUUACCCGCGAAGCCCUCGCUAUGAGGCCGAUCGGGGUAGAGGCGACUCCCGCGGCCGAUGGGAGACAGAACAGAGCGACUCCCGCGGCCGAUGGGAGACAGAACAGAGCCGACGAGAUGGAUAUAGGGAUGGCAGAUAUGAGAGAUCGGACCAAGAUGGAUAUAGGGACGACAGAUACGAGAGGUCGGGUCGAGAUGGCUACCGAGGAAGUAGAUAUGAGAGAGGAGAUCGGGACUGGGAACGACAAGAUGGGUCGCGCGGACGGUUUGAGCGCGCGGGAGAUGCGAGAGAGCAGCGCGACGAGUUGCGGGGAUGGUACAACCGAGGGGACCGACGCGAUGAGUCACGAGGACGAUAUAACUCGGGGGACCGCCGGGAUGAUUCGCGAGGGCGAUAUGACCAAGGAGGGUUUGGAGGAGACCGGCGCAACGAUCCACGCGGUCGGGAUGAGAGAGGGGGAUAUGGCGUCUCAUCGGAACCAUAUCCCAAGUCGCCUGACCCCAAGGCGGCCAGGAGUUCGAUCUCUAGAGGCGCAGACGAUAUGGCAUCUACUCCGAGGAACUCAUGCGUCUACUGUAGAGGAGAAGAUCAUAUCAAGAGAGAUUGCCCGGACCUCAAACGGGCAAUAGAAGAGGGACUUGUCGUGCUUGACGACCGCAAGUACGUCAAGUGGGCAGAUGAUCUCAAAGAUGUAUCGAUGUUCCCUUCGAUGAAGGAGAAUGUCGAAGCAAGGAGAAUAAAGACGAGUAAAGAAAAGGAGCCAGUCAGGAGCCAGAGCAUCAAGAUAACCUUUCAGGGGGACAUGGCGACCACACCCAUAAGGGUGGCAGCCACCAAGUCGGCGAGAGGGUCUACAUCGAAGAAAACUGACACGGAUUACGUGAUGGCGGAGAAGGACGGGCAGCGGGUCGAUGGAGAGGAGGUUAUCCUUUCGCCGCGAAAGCGGGGAGUCAAGAAGUUCUUAAUGAAGAGUUCGCUGGACGAGAUUGACACGGUCGAGCCACUGAGGCGGGCCCUUCGGCAACCCAUGCAGUGCUCUAUUCUGGAGUACCUGGCGGCAUCG